AUACAGGACUUAUCACGCUACUUGUCUUUCGGUGUGUCCCGUCAGGGGUAAACUCUUAAUAUUGCACACACGGCUACGGUAAAGAACGAGGUUAUCCCAAUGGACUGAGUCUAUUUGGGAGGAUCAUAUUACAAGAGCCGAAGGAAUAUAUCAGCCCCUUGCUUCUCAAGCUGUUAUCAGCAGAGUCUAGCAUCUUGUUUUGUGAUUGUAGUGGAUUAAUUCUGGAAGUAUGUGCCCCGUGCUUGACCCAUAGUGUAAAACGUAGAAGCCAUUGGACCGUACUAAGGAAGUGUGUAAACUAUCCUAAACCCAAAAUUUGUAAACAAUGGAUUUCUUCUUUGAUUUGUUCGAUUCUGAAAAGAAAAGAAGGGCAGCUCAACAACAGGCAGACAACCGGAAUAGGACCGGAAGUGGAGGUGAACUACCCCCUCUCAGAAUAGAUGGACGGGGACAUCAUGCUUUCAGUUUCAGAAAAUAUGACACAAGGGAUACGAAUCGUAUUCGAGAAGAACGAAUGAAGCGGGAACUCCAUCGUUUGUAUUUAUGGGAUAUCAAGGAAUUCCUAACCAAAGCCAGAGAAGAUUUUACACACAAAUGGGAUCACCCUCAACAGAACACAGCCUGCCUUGAUGACUUUGACCGCAUUAAGACCCUAGGAACAGGGUCAUUUGGUCGGGUCAUGUUGGUACAACAUAAGCAAAACAGAGAAUACUAUGCCAUGAAAAUCUUAGACAAACAAAAGGUUGUGAAAUUAAAACAAGUAGAGCAUACUUUGAAUGAAAAGAGGAUUUUGCAAGCCAUCAAUUUUCCAUUCCUUGUUAGUUUAGAAUAUCAUUUCAAGGACAACUCAAAUUUGUAUAUGGUGUUGGAGUUUGUAACAGGCGGAGAAAUGUUUUCACAUCUCAGGAGGAUAGGAAGAUUCAGUGAGCCGCAUUCCAGGUUUUAUGCUGCACAAAUAGUAUUGGUCUUGGAAUACUUACAUAAUUUGGAUUGUAUGUACCGUGAUUUAAAACCAGAAAACCUACUCGUAGAUACCCAAGGUUAUCUGAAGGUGACAGACUUUGGCUUUGCUAAGAGAGUAAAAGGCCGUACCUGGACACUCUGUGGUACUCCUGAGUACUUGGCACCAGAAAUCAUCCUCAGCAAGGGCUACAACAAAGCUGUGGACUGGUGGGCGUUGGGAGUUCUGGUGUAUGAAAUGGCAGCAGGUUAUCCACCCUUCUUUGCUGACCAACCCAUACAGAUAUAUGAAAAGAUUGUCUCUGGCAAGGUACGGUUCCCAUCACACUUCAGCUCUGACCUAAAGGACCUGUUGCGUAACCUUCUGCAAGUGGACCUCACAAAGCGAUAUGGCAACCUCAAGAAUGCUGUCAAUGAUAUAAAAAAUCACAGGUGGUUCCAAUCCACAGACUGGAUUGCUAUCUACCAGAGAAAGGUGGAUGCUCCCUUUGUACCAAAAUGCAAAGGCCCUGGGGACGCAAGUAACUUUGAUGAUUAUGAGGAGGAACCACUGAGAAUAUCAUCAACAGAAAAGUGUGCUAAGGAAUUCGCAGACUUUUGAGGAUGUAGAAACAGGAUAGUAAACCCCCAUUGGUUGUUCUCAUUAAGGCAAAGUGUUGUCGUUGUCACCAGAACAUCUCAAGUGACAGAUCUCAUCAAGCAUCGAUAAAUCCCACAUGUGCAAUACACGCAGUAUGCAGCUUGAGCAGGGAGUGAACCAUGAUAUGUUGUGGCGAAAAGAGUUCAAUAUUUAUAUGUUAAACCAACAAACUUUGGCCAAAUUAUGUGUGUAGCCUGCAAAGACAGACUGACUGAUCAAAUCAUUAUUUAAUGUUUCAUUCAGUUAUUUGUGGACAUGUCUGUGAUAUUGGGUAUAUGAGCCCAGUCAGACUGCACAUGUGACACUGGCUGAUGAUUGAUUUCAGUGUUGUUGGGUGUACGCUCCAUUUAUCGGGGCUAGUGUAUGACCGCAUACACUGUGACUGUACAAGUCCAGCAGACUUGAGAACAAGUCAUAUGUAUGAUACUACAAGCAAAGUGGCCGUGUCGGCAAAUGUGAUGGGAAUGUUGAGCAUUUAACACCUGUGCUGCCUGAUCUAACUGAUCAGUGUUUGUUUUUCAGCGAAGUAUAUGGAUACAUCCUCCUAGAAUGUAUACAACUUUAUUAUUGUAUUUUGUUAUGGAUGAAGCUGUACAUAGUUUUACAUAUUUCAGAUGGAUUUUUAUACUGAAUGAAUGACUGUUUUAACCAAGUUCUGCUGUACUUAAUAGGUGUUCACUAGUCUUUAACGAGUAGUGACUUUUUAAAUAUCUCCUCUUUCCUGAUGCCAAUUUAUCGGUGAAGUCUGUCAAAACAAGUGUUAAAUUGAAUAGUCUGUGUUGGCUGUAUCAACUUGCUUCAUUGUUAUGGUACUUGGCUCUCAUUCACUUUAUAAAACAUUUCAGCUCCAAAUUACUUAUAAAAAAUGGUACAUUCUUUUUAUUGUCAAAAACAUUGAAUAGCUACACUUGAAAGAAAAAGACAUUGCUUUGAAAAGACUAAGUACAAAUUAUGAUUUUUUUUUUUUCUUUUUAAAUAAUGAAGUUUUAAUCUUUAUACAGGGCAUUUAAUUUAUAGAUUUUAAAUAUAUUUUAAUGUUGUUCAUGAAAUUGUACUUUUAAUAGUUUGAUGGAAAAUAUUUGUAAUAGUUGACACAACGUAUUCAAUUGCAUUAUUUGAUGUUUCCAGCAGUAUGUGUGAGAGAGCUCUAAUUCAACAUGACUUAUUUUUGUAUCUCUUUGAAUGUCAAUUUUCAUUGUCCCAUCUGACUCGGAGCUGGUGCUGAUAUUGUGUUUGCAUGACUGCAGUUUUCUCUCUAAAGUGUGAAAUAAUGUUCUGGAUAAUUAGAAAAAGAGCCAAUUCAGUGUCAUCAUCUAUGACUAGCAUAAGCUCAUUCUGAUUGGAAGAUAUAUAUAUAUGUAUACAUGUAUAUAUAUAAUUGGUAUCAAUUUAACAAAAUAAGUUGAAAUAUAUACAUUGAAAAGAAGUUUUGUAAAAUGUUCACGCGAUAUCUUUCUGGAGUGUUUGUCAGUAUAGACAUGCUCUACAGCAUUUUUGAGCUGUAAAUGUGAAGUUAUCUGAAAAUCUUGUCAUUAUCAAUUUUACUUUUAAUCUCAUACAGAUCUAGAUAUUUUCAUCAAUAUCUCUUCGGAAAAUUUGAUUGCCGAUUCGAAAAUUGCAUAUAUACUAGAUCUAGACCAUUUCUUUGGGCGUAUGUUUCAGUAACCAAGCUAAUUAUGUAUGGUAGAAUGUGUGGUUAUAUGACUUCACUGUUAACAUUAUUAAAGUGUUAUAAAUGUCAGUGCCGUGCUUAUUGUACUGUCGCAGAUCUGAAUCAAUGCCAAGUAUCAUUUUAAUAUCUAGUGGUUUUUUUGUUUUUUUUUGUCUUAAGUAAUUUUUAGCAUCUUGUGAUAUUUUCAAAAUGUUACCAUUUGUUGGUAGGUUGAAAAUAGCCACAAGUGUAUAAUUAUUUCAAUUGAAUUAUAUUAUAUAUAAUUAUUAAUAUUAUUAUGAAAGCAUUUGUUUUAAGUUCAGAGUCAUAAUUAAAGUAAUAAUAAAUAAGAAAA